AAGCAGCUCGGGGCAUUUCCUUUAUUGUAGUGGACUAAAAACAUUUGCAUUUAAAUAUCAGAAUGAGCUUUAUUCGCAAAGUGUGUAAAAACUGAAAUUUUCUCUGGCAGUUGGUGCUACCCUGGUACGACAUUCAGAACAAAGAACAACAAAGUGAAAAGAACAAGAGACAUUUCUGUUUAUCAGAACUAUUCUUAUAAGAGUCACUGAUGUGCAAUAUGUAAAGUCUUCUUCAUUUAGAACAGGUAAGAGUAUGUCAACGUCCCACAUUGUGUUAAGCUUGUACAGAGGGCCUUUACCCGUUGGCAGUUCCUGUUCUAGACCAGUGCAACGACAUAUUCAACUCCACCUCCCUGAGGAAGGAUGUACAAAGAAGAGAGAAGAAGGAGGAACAAGGGACAUGGCCGCGGUAAAUCCCAUCCAAGAGAAACGAAGGAAGAUGUCAAGUCUGGGCAGGGUACUGAUGAUACCCUACCAAGGGGCGUAUGCCAAACAAUGUGUCCCGCUGGGGAGCUGCGCAACCGCGAAUCCCAGAAUCGCCUGCAUCGCUUCGAGAUGUUGGCGGGCACGGAGAAAGACCGCAGACCCCGAGCUGACCCAAUGCGGGUUGUCAAAGAGUAUUGUAGACCGGCGGCUGGGAAAGACUCUACCAACUCUGCCGACUUGCGUCCCCCUCCAGUGUUGCUGAAAACGGUGUGUUACCUCAUUGAUGAGGUCGCUGCGUCUCCUCGUCUGCAUCCUUGGACUGAGGUGUACAGUUUUGUUUUCGAUCGCCUGCGCAGCGUGAAGCAAGACAUGAUCAUCCUGAGGGUGCACGGGCCGGACUGUGUGCCCAUUUUGGAGCGGACGGUGCGCUUCCUCGUGUACGCCUCGUACCGACUCUGCGGAGAGCCCCUGAGAAUUUUCGACCCUCGCAUCAAUGACACGCACCUACAGGAGAACCUCAGCUGGCUGCUGGACUGCUACGCGCGGGGAACGGGGCCGCAUCCCAACCAGGAGGAGUUCCAGGCUCUCGGCUUACUCUAUAACUUAGGUUCCCCUCGCGCCAUGCAGCACAUCACGGAGCUUCCGACACCCCUUCGGCGCGCCCCCUCCGUCGCGCUCGCCGUCUCCAUCAACCGCUCCUUCCUGGAGCGGAACCCGGUACGUCUGCUACGCUGCGCCCGGCGCCUGAGCUUCCUGCAGGCCUGCGCUCUGCACCGUCACGUGACGGCGAGCCGUAAGGACCUGCUGCUCGUGUACAGCCACGGCUACAACAGCCGGAACUGUCGCUUCCCGCUAGACGUGCUGUCUAAGCUUCUCGCCUUGGAGAAGACUCUGACGAGCACGCUGUGUCAAGAGUGUGGCGUGGAGGUCAACACGGACGGGGAAGUGGUGUUCUCCAAGGCCUCCUUUGCUGAGCCGGAACAAGGGAAGCUGUGCUGCUCUCUUUAUCACAACAUUGCCACUGAGAAGCACAAAGACCUCAGCGUUGGCAGCAUUCUUCAUGGUGGCGUUUGGCAAAAGGCCUAAUUGAAAUCACAACAAUCGUGAAACUUGUUUAGAUUGAGCUCCUUGUAAACUACCACCACAAUAAUCAACGUGGUUCAAUUUACACUUCUAUGGCAGCGUGGCUGAGCCUUCCGCUUUUUGUACUGGAGUGAAUUGGAAAGCACGUUUACAUUCAAAUGCACUUUUUGGGAUUCAUGUUUUAGGAUUUGCUUUUGAGUUGUAAUAAAAGUUGCAGAAAUGAAAUAUUUUAAAGUGUUGAUUUGAUUUCGCGGUGAAAUGGACUAGAUCUAGUUUUGUAACGUUUGUUCUAAGAACAACCCUUUGGAACCCUUUGGUCUUAAAAAACUAUUAAACUACUUUUUCC